AUGUUAGAAGACACCUCUGGAUGCCCAUUCAAAGCCAAGCUGAAUGAGGCACAAGUCUACCACAGCAUUUACACCGACGAGAGACUCUUCAAUGAAAUCGGUUGUGAGGGAUGCAUUACAAUUGACAUUGCCUUGGCAAAAGGUGGGACAGAGGCAAUUGUAGAGUCCUACUACAGCGUGAUGAAGUCACAGAAAAUGUGUGGCGGACAAUGUAAUGCAACUUUGGCUUUAAGGUAUGUAUUAGUUUAGUCUUGUUAACUUUCAAUAUGCAGUUAAUAUGCACCUAGAAAGUUACUGCCCUUGGAAAACUGCAGAAUUAAUCUUUAAUUUGAAUUGCGUUCUAACAUUAAAAUGUACUGAUUUAAGUCUUGUUAUAUCUUCGAGUUUCAGUUAAUUAAUGGAGCAGUUACUUAACAGUUAACAAUCAAUACUGUAAUUACUGUUUUCUAAUAGGACAAAGCUUGAUUGGUCUAUGCCACCAAUUUUGGAGUGUGAUCGUGCGGUUAAGGAAAUUGCAGAGAUAUUCAUCAAUGGUGACAAAGAGCUUUCCCUACCAAAGCAUGCUACACCAACAUUAGGCAGUCGAGCAAAGUACAGCCAAGAAAGCAAAGUGCUGAAACGACUUCGCACCAAAGAUCCACGACUUCCGUUUCUGUUGUAA